GUUGCUGCUUGUUCUUCGAAGAGGAAGCAUAUCCGUGAUACAUACUUAGCGCUAAAAUACAACUUUAUCGACAUAGAACGAAACGAGAUUCAUCGAUAACUGUUGCUGUGUAAAGCUUCUGCAAAGACGAGACUAAACGUAGAUGGCACUUGUGAUUCGAGGAUUACGAAAAUGCUGAACACAAUCUAGAACCCGUAUGAUCCAUGUCAUAGGCAAGAUGGCAGUUCUCUGUUAUCAGUCCGUUUAUAUAAAGAAGUCGUUGUAGUCGUUGUUGAUACUGAUUGCAAAGAAUGAGUGUUAAUAGUCUGUAGUCGAAAUAUUUUCUUUAAAAAUUACGACUACAUUAAACUUUGUUGUUGGUAUAUUGGUGUCUCUACCAUAUUGUGUACAGCCACGUUACGUUGAAUAUAUUAAAAUGGGUGGUGGAGAUUUGAAUUUGAAAAAGUCGUGGCAUCCGUCCACCAUGAAAAAUAUGGAAAAAGUGUGGAAAGCAGAACAGCAGAAUGAUCAAGAAAAAAGAAGAAUAGCUGAACUAAAGAGGGAAAUUGAAAUGGAAAAGGAUAGGGAGGAUAUGACAAAGUAUGCUAUGGAGCAAGGAGUGAUAGAGAAGAAGGAUGAGAAGAAACUAGAUUGGAUGUAUAAAGGACCCAAUCAAAUGGUUAAUAGGGAGGAAUACCUGCUGGGAAGACCAGUUGACAAAGCCUUCGAACAAAUGGUUCAGGCGGAAAAAGCAGAGUUGAAUAGAAUACCAAAAAACCAUGUUGAAUAUGAAUGCAUCCCGCCUUCGCUGCGAUUUUUCUCUGGUAACGAACAAGUGGAUUUAGCCAGAAAAAUGCAAGAGGAUCCUUUGUACACCAUAAAGAAAAAAGAGGUAGAGACUAGGAAUCAGCUGUUGAAAAAUCCUGUAAAGUUGAAACAACUCAGAGUGUUGCUGGAGCAACAGUCGGGCAAAAGUAAAAAUGAAAAGAAAAAGAAAAAGUCGAAGCAACAGGACAGUAGCGACGAUGAGACGAAAUUGGAUAUGCUGCUGGUCGCCAAGUACAAACAAUUGAAAGACAACAUCAACGAAGAAGACUUGUUGAAAUCGAUGAAGAAGAAGCAUAAGCAAAAGAAGAAGUCGAAACGACGUGACUAUUCCGAGAAUGAUUCAGACAAUAGCGGCGGCAAUGACGUUAAGGGAAAACUGCACAAGCGGAAAAAGCAGAGGAGAAACGGCAGUGAGAACGGUGACAGCAAUAACACCAGUGACGAAAGUGACACUCAACGCGGAAAGGGAGAGAAGGAUAGAAAAGAACGCGAUGGAAAAGAUUCGAGAAGCAUUGUAAACGAUAGCAGGAAACAUAUUAGGAAAAGGAAAUCGAGCAGAGACAGAAAUGUCGCGUACGAGAAAAGUAGAGGAGAGUAUAGAGGAGAUUACAAGGUGGAUCGCAAAAGGCAGCGAUAUGAAGAACAACAGAGUUCCCGAAGUAAAUACAGCGACGAAAGAAGAUUAACCGCGGACAGGCGAAACGAUGGAACGGCGUAUAAGUGGAGGUCGAGGCAGAAUCUUACAGAGGAGGAGAAGGAACGACGAAGACAGGAGAUGAUAUCUAACGCAAUGUGGCGCGACAAGGAACGGGAAAAGAAUGUUAAGAUGUACCGCGAGGAAGAGAAGAGGGAAGCGCAGAAUAAUAAGUCAUACAAUAAGGAUUUUAUUAGGAAACAAUUGGUCGCCGCGACAGAAGUCGGUACCGUCGCGUCUAGAAUCAAAGCCAAUAUCAACAACAUACAACGUUCCGGCCGAGCAAUGGACACGAAUUUCGCUAGGAGAUGACUUUAGUAUAAUUUGUACAAUUAGAAUGUAAACUUUUGUAUCGUAAAGAUGUACAUACACACGGAGGAGGAGGAGAGUGUGCGUUAAAAUAUCCCGAAAAAUAUAUAUCCGUUAUUAUUCAGAG